AUGUUCUUUCCAAUCUCAGCUAACAACUAUAAUAUCAACCCUUUUUCUCACCUUCCUCCUCCUCCUCCUCCUUCUUCUUCUUUCUUAUCUUCCAUCUUCCCCAAGUUCUUUAAGCCACGAACUAAUGACAAUGUCCUCCUUAAUCACCACCAUCAUGAUCUGGUGUCGGCUUCUUCAUUGUUGCCCGCCGCUGCAAACCCUCAGCAGCUUAACCUCAACGAGACUUUGCUCAACAUGGCGCUUUUGAACGAGGACGGGGACCAUGGAGUACUUGAUUUUAGUGGUGGGCUUCGUCCGGGGUUUGUUUUAUCCGUCAAGAAGGCUCUGAAGAAAGAUCGGCACAGCAAGAUUUGCACUGCGAAAGGGGUGAGGGAUAGGAGGGUGAGGCUGUCCAUAGAAAUCGCCCGCGAUUUCUUUGAUCUUCAAGAUAUGUUAGGGUUGAUAAAGCUAGCAAAACGUUGA